CCGGAGUCAGGCGACGUCCUGCGCCACACUUAAUUUGCCGAUGGAGCCGACGCGGCGAGGCUGCUGCGCGCUGGACUCUUUCUAAGCCGGACCCAAGUGGGAACGGAGCCCUGCGGGGAAGCAGUGGCAAAGGGGGCCUUCAGCCGAACUUCUGGAGGAUCCGUGGUUGAAGGGACGCCUCCAAUCCUAAGUGAGGCUCUGCAGUUCAAAGCACCGGGCGGCGGAGGUCUUGUGCCAGGGAACAGACAAUGGAGGAGUUUCCUCAGGAGCAAAGUCCUGAGCAGGUGGAACGGCACAGAGCAAGUGUGGCAAUACCCCAAAGGAAUAGUUCCCAGGGUUCACUGAAAGACAAAGCUUCGGAACAUCAGCAAGAGUCAAACACAUUAAAGGAUAAACACUUGGUGUCCAGAAAACAGAUGUCUACUCCUUCUGAAGGAGGCUCUGAAUUAACCAAAUGCCCCAUUCGGCGAAGAAAAUGUAUGUCCAAUAAACAGCAUCCAUGUCCUGAGUGUGGGAAAAUCUUCAACCGGACUUCAUCCCUCAAUGCCCAUCGUAGAGUCCACACAGGCGAGAAGCCCUAUAAGUGUGCCGAGUGUGGGAAGAGCUUCAGUAAGAGUUCACACCUCAUUGCUCAUCAGAGAAUCCACACAGGUGAAAGACCCUACACUUGUGUGACUUGCGGGAAAAGCUUCAAUCAUUCCUCACAUCUUAUCAUCCACCAGCGAACUCACACAGGGGAGAAACUCUAUAAAUGUCUGGAGUGUGGGAAAAACUUUCGGUACAGCUCUGAUCUCAUCAGGCACCAGAUUGAGCACGAGGGAGAAAAACCCUACAAAUGCCCUGACUGUGGGAAAUGCUUCAAUCGGAGUUCAAACCUCCUUAUACAUCAGAGAAUCCACACAGGAGAGAGACCCUACAAGUGUCUUGAGUGUGGGAGAAGCUUCAGCUACAGCUCAGUCCUGAUUAGGCAUCAAAGAGUACACACAACUGAGAAGCCUUAUAAAUGCCCAGAGUGUGGGGAAGGUUUCCAUGUGAAUGCCAGCCUCAUGACACAUCACAGAAUUCACACAGGAGAGAAACACUAUUCAUGCCCAGAGUGUGGGAAAAGUUUCAGAUGGAUCUCACACCUUGCUAGGCAUCGGAAGAUUCACACAGUGGAGAAACCUACAUCCAAGGAAUACCUAGCCCCAAUGGAAAGUGACGGCAAGGGGGCCUUGAACCCGGACAUCCAGAUUUCUAAAGCCCAAGACAACUCAUGCCUAGAACAUUCAUGGGAUGAGAUGGCAACCGAGGAACAGAUGCCUCUAAAAGGAGAUCUGGAGCAAGUGGAAACAGAUGCGUUGCUGGCAGGGAGAUCUGCACAGAGAGUUUCUCUCCGUGGCAAACAGGAAAGAGACAGUGAGAGUAGGGAUUUGUCAGAGAGGAAGGGAACAGCCGUCUCCACCAAAAUACAAGGCAGUGGUGCUCACCGCAAAGAGAAGCGUUUCAGAAAUCUGGACCAGCUUGUUAUCCAGCAGCUGAUCCACAUUGGAGAAAGUGAGAUUGCACGCAGGAAGCAGGAGGAGGGCUUCCAUCAGGGCUCCGACCUCGUGAAACCUCAGAUUGUCCAUUUGGGAGAGAAACCUUACCUGUGUAUUGUCUGUGAAAAAACCUUCCGCAACCAUUCAGGCCUGAUGGUGCACCAGAGGAUCCAUACAGGCGAGAAGCCCUACAAGUGCCCCGAUUGUGAGAAGAGCUUCAACCAGCGGUCCCACCUGACCUCCCACUGGGGGACUCAUACAGGAGAGAAGCCCUUUAAAUGCUUCGACUGUGGGAAAAGCUUUAGCUAUAACUCUGGGCUCAUUAUACACCAGCGAAUCCACACAGGGGAGAAGCCCUACAACUGCUCCGACUGCGAGAAGAGCUUCAGUCAGAAGUCCCACCUGCUCUCGCAUCAGCGGACCCACGUGGGAGAGAAAUCCUUCAAAUGCCCUGACUGUGGGAAAAGCUUCAGCUAUAACUCGGGUCUCGUGAUCCACCAGCGAAUUCACACUGGGGAGAAGCCCUACAUGUGCUCAGACUGUGGGAAGAGCUUCAAUCAGAGGUCACACCUCAUUUCACACCAAGGCAUUCACACGGGACAGAAGCCCUACACAUGUAAGGACUGCGGGAAGAGCUUUAGCUUCAACUCUGGGCUAGUUAUACACCAGCGGCUUCACACUGGGGAGAAACCUUAUAAGUGCCCCAACUGUGGGAAAAGUUUCAAUCAGAAAUCACACCUCAUUUCACAUCAGAGAGUCCAUGCUGGAAAGAAGCCUUGACUUGGGAAGGAACUGAUUCCUGUUUGGUGUAGUGGUUAAGUGCGCAUACUCUAAUCUGGGAGAACCA